GGUUGGCCUCAUAGGAGCUCUUUCUUUCCAUCAGUGGCUUUUAAGUUUCAGAAGAUAGUGUACAUACAUGUAGCUAGCUAUUUUUGUUUUCUGUAAAUAAUAUUUAAAGCGUCAUUCAAAUAAUGAGAAGAGUUACUCUUUUCGUAAAUGGAACCACCAAAAAUGGGAAGGUUGUGGCAGUAUAUGGGACCUUGGCCGACUUGCUGUCUGUAGCCAGUAAUAAACUGGGAAUCCGAGCCUCCAGCCUGUACAAUGGUAAAGGAGGCCUCAUCGAUGACAUCGCGCUUAUCAGAGAUGAUGACGUGCUCUAUGUUUCUGAAGGAGACUCUUUUGUUGAGCCCCUGAAUGACCUCAGGGCUGCAGACGAGCGCUCUGGAGCUCACACCGAUUGGCUGACUCUCAACAUUGGAGGCCGCCUCUUCACCACAACAAGGAGCACCCUGGUCAGUAAAGAGCCCGAGAGCAUGCUCGCACACAUGUUCAGAGACAAAGAUGUGUGGGGGAACAAGCAGGAUGAAAGGGGAGCUUACCUGAUCGACCGCAGCCCGGAGUACUUUGAGCCCAUUUUGAACUACCUGCGGCACGGGCAGCUCAUUGUCAAUGAGGGCAUCAACUUACUGGGAGUUCUGGAGGAGGCACGGUUCUUUGGGAUAGAGCAGCUUGCUGAGCAGUUGGAAGUAGCAAUAAAGAAUUCCCAGCCCCCAGAGGACCAUUCCCCCAUUUCCCGCAAGGAGUUUGUGCGAUUCCUGCUGGCCACACCCACCAAGUCUGAACUGCGCUGUCAGGGUCUGAAUUUCAGUGGGGCUGACCUCUCCCGCCUUGACCUCCGCUACAUCAAUUUCAAGAUGGCAAACCUGAGUCGCUGUAACCUCACGCAUGCCAACCUGUGCUGUUCGAACCUGGAGCGAGCAGACCUGUCUGGGGCUAACCUUGAUGGUGCGAACUUGCAGGGGGUGAAAAUGCUUUGUUCAAAUGCAGAGGGAGCAUCUCUCAAAGGCUGUAAUUUCGAGGAUCCCUCUGGCCUCAAGGCCAACUUGGAAGGCGCCAAUCUGAAGGGGGUUGACAUGGAGGGCAGCCAGAUGACCGGAAUCAACCUGCGUGUGGCCACGUUGAAGAACGCCAAGCUGAAGAACUGCAACCUGCGGGGUGCCACGCUGGCGGGCACUGACCUGGAGAACUGUGACUUGUCUGGCUGUGACCUCCAGGAGGCAAACCUGCGGGGGUCCAAUGUGAAGGGAGCCAUCUUCGAGGAGAUGCUCACCCCGCUGCACAUGUCUCAGAGCGUUAGAUAGCCUCUCGGCCUCUCGGCCCUGUUCCUGUGCAUUCCUGCAGGCUGGAGCUGGCCUCUCCCGGCUGCCUCGCCCACCCUGCCUCCGAGCCCGCCAGCCAGCCGCAGAAACCCGUAGCUCAAGCUCCCCUGGAACUGUAUGCAAUCCCAAUAUCUCUCCUCUAUGCACAGCCCUGGCAAUAUACCCAAUCUGUUCGCUUUAUUCUCUUGCACUAGGGCACUUCCAGGGUUGUCAUUCUUCCACGUGUGCGUCGAUCGUUUAUCGCAGUGUCAGAAUGUAAGCGUGGCACUAUUCGUUGUGAUGUCUGUCCUAAUAACCAGUUCAUAUGUGGUGUGUAGGUCGUGGUAACGCUGCGGACAUUCGAGGUUCACAGCCGCUGUGUCUGUCUGACGGCUGAGAUAUAUACGUGGUUGAGAGGUUUCUGACUUCUUAUGGAUGUAGGGAGAGAGAGAGUGUGUGCAUGUGCGCGUGUGUUGUAGACGCUGGCUUUAGAUGGAUAUGUAAAAUUCCAGAGACGGGGUGAAAAGGUACCGUCAGCAUGGCAGAACUAUCAGAGUAACCCUGCGUAUGAUUUGAAUAUAGGCUUGGGUGCAUGAAGGUCGGAUGUAAAACCGUGGUCCGGUACGUAGCUCUUAUUGUGAAUUUAGAGUACACAAUGUUAAUCUGUACAUGUGCUGUUUCUCGCACUCCCCUCUAGUGUGUAGUGUAGACCUGAUGAUUGACAUUGGCUUUGAAUCUACCUCCAUCUCAGCCAUUUUCUGACUGGCUUGUAUGUUGCUUGUAUUUUGUUGAUGUAUAUGCUGCCUCUAAUGGCAAAGGAAAGCCAUCACUCUGCAUCUAUACCCCCGCAGAUGAGUAUUGCUGCUUCUAAUCUUUGGAUUUGAGGUGUGAGGACAAGAAAUUCAUGGAAAUAUGAAUAUGUACCAAAUAUUGUUUCACAGUUGUCAUGAAGCUUUUCUGUCUUGCACCAAAUAGUAAGUGGAGUACAGUUGUAAAACAACACUCCCCAUAGGAUAACAAUAUUAUUGGCUGGAUUUCUCUUUUUCUUAUUUAUAUUGUAUAUGCUUGGCACCAAAACACGGUCCACACCCUUGUAUAUUUGCAUGCAUAUUCCAAUAGGCCCGUUAAAAAUGGUCAAACCAAAAUCAUUCGUAUCUCCCUAAUAAUGCUUCAUGAAGCAAAUCAUUUCCAAUUGAAUGUUGUGCAUAUCAACAUGUAGCCCUAAAAUAUUUCAAAUCUAGUGCUUCCCAAACAGUACAUUUUGCUUUGAUACUAGAAGGAUUGCUAUCACUGCUGGACUGUGAUUUGUUUUUUUAUUGUUUUUUUUAUUUACAUUGUAUCUGUUGUCAAACUGUAAAUUCAAGAGGUGUGGAUCAGGCUUACAUUACUGAAUUUAACCAUGGUUACCGUAACUGGCAAGAACCUAGUACGGCUUUCGAAAUGUAGGUGCAGCCAUUAUUUUCCCAUGGUACUCAGUCUUUCUUAUGGCAAUCAAAAAAAUAAUUUUGCACUCUGAGUGCAUCAUGCUUCAUAUAUUUAGAACCUUGAAAAAAGGGGGAAGGUUAUUUAUUUUAAUAUAUAUUCAGCUAUAUUUAUGUACAGAGGAGUUCAGUUCUUUUUUAAGACUGGGUAUAUGAUUGCUUCCCUAUACUUUCACCCAGUUCUGUGAUAAUUGCACUCACUCAGCCAAGGAAGUGUAUUUUCAUGAAUGGAAUGGACUGUUAAACAAACAAAUUGAAAACAUACCGAAAUGUCA